AUGCAACAACUUUAUUUGGAUACGCAAUUUAAAGUGGAUCCACAGAAAUCAUCAUUGCAAACGCAACAAGGAGCUAAUACAUAUUUUGUCAGUAACCAAAAGUUAAAUGAUCCUGCUGCCGAUAUCUUUGGCAAUAUGGUAUCUGACCCUGCCCUACAUGCCUGGUAUCCAAUAGUGAAAUCUCCAAAAUAUGCAUGCUCCCCACAAUCGAUUUUGCCGGCUGUGACCAAUCAACUUUCAAGUACAGUUAGACGGACAGACAGGCAUAGAAGGUCCGUUGUUGAUCCGAACUCAUCUCUACAGACUAGCACGGGAACUACUCCUACUCUGAAAUCGAAUACUAUGGCCUAUACUAGAGCCACAAGCACAACUGAUGGUAACAUAGAUGUUCAGCAGAUUCCAAUGAAUAGCCCUUACAUGGCUGUAAUUUAUCCUCCAGGCAGAUGCAUCAAUAACGCUUUAGGUUCAAUGUCUAGCCCAGGUCCAGCAUUUACUGCCGCUCCUACAUACCAACCCGCAAAGACAGAGUAUCUAUUAAAUCCGCAGACGUUAAAUCCUUCAAAUUUGAGAUUAGAUGGUACCAAUCGAGUCGACUAUAAGUACUUGGUACCUCCUGCAGAAAAUGUUACUUCUGGAAAAACGAUAUCUCGUAAAAGAGCUAACCAGCAAACACAUUUUUGCUAUUCGCAGCUGCCACAGAAGCGAGUGCAUUUAUGUCAUCCACUUACAAACCGUGUUAGCCCAUCAAGGCUUAAGCAGUUGCAUCAAAGGCAUCAAUAUCAGAUUCGAGUGCCACAAUUGCAGCAACAGAUCCAACAGCAGCAUUGUAGAAUGCAACCGAUACAAUCUGUUAGGUAUCUCAGUUCUAGGAAUCGUGAAUCUUUGUUUCCUUCAUCCCUCUCUUCUCAAUCGGGCUUGAGUAUUUCGCCUCUCUCUCCAAGUUACGUCAAGCAGGUUAGGUCUUACGUUGAUGACUUGGAGUUCAAAGAAAAUCGGGAGGAAAGAGACAUGCUUCGUAAAGAAAUUGUCGAUCUACACUACAGGCAAUUUGUUGAUCCCAAAAAGUGA